UACUAUGUCUUGGAUCUGUCGUUACGUCCAACUCGAGAAACUCUAAAUGCAGCUUUUGUAUAGGGGAUAAGAUGAUUUCUUGCAAGAUGAUCGUUUCACUCACUGCUUAGAUUGAAGCUUCCCAAUAGUGCUAAUCAUAAUCUCCACGGUAGCGAAUUCAAGCCGCUCGUUCAACACAUCCAGCCAGCCAGUCACUGACUCCCUGUUGCUUUGUCGAUGCCAUCAGCCCGCCGAUUCAAUAUCUUUUUAUGAAAUAUAUUAGGGUUGAUAAAAUAUUAACUAAACUAUCUUUGAAUUAAUUAUGAUUCUAUAAUUACUAUUUCAAUCUCAAAUCUCAGUCCAUUAUAAUGGCUUUAUAUAAUGUAGUAUUAAAAUGUUAAAUGUUUUACCUGGUUAAGAAAUUAAUGGGUUGGGUUUUUCCACCCGACCGGCACUUAUAAAGUAAAAUGAUAAGAUUUUGUAUCUAAGUGGACUUAUAUGAAUAAUUUUUGAAUGUUAUUAGUAAUAUUUAUUGAGAUGUAUAAUUUCUAUAACAUUACGACAAUGAGUGCUAAAAAAAAUGUAAGAUUAUGUUUUGUGAACCCAUGGCCGUACUCAUGAAUUCAUUGGUAAACGUUAGGUUGGAUUUUCACUUCUAAAACCUAAUAGGUAUUUUAUCGAAUUUUUUAGUGGACGCACCCAUUAGAUUGAGUUUGGAUUUAGAGAAACCAGACACAUUGUCAUGCGAACCGAUCUUUUUCUAAACCUAUCUUAAUAUGUCUGUCGGGCCAUUAAGGCUAUCCCACUUCCGAGGCUGAAUGUGGAUGAUAAAUUGAUCUGGCAUAACACUUCUGAUGGGGUGUUCUCCGUUAAGACGGCCUAUCAUCUGGCAGUUGAGCUUGACAAGAGGAGGGGUGGGUGGCGGGCCUCGGUUAGUUGGAUGGAUAGGCAGAGUUGGAUCCGAUUGUGGGAAGCUAAGAUUCCUCCCAAGCUUAAAGUCUUUGUCUGGCAAAUUUUGAAUCGGGCUCUGCCAACCACAGAGGCGCUCAUGAAAAGAAGGUGCCUGUGCUGCCCCGGUGUCCGGUUUGCUGGGAUGGUCCCGAGACGAUGGAGCACAUGUUUCUUUACUGUCCGGUUGCUCGGGCUCUCUGGGACUGCUCGGGGUUGUAUUAUUUAGGGGAGGCUUUGCCUCGGCACACGUUUCCUUUGUUCCUUAAGCGGAUGCUCGCCCUUGUCCAGGAUCCGUCGCUGUUUAUGGCUGUGGUUGCCAUCCUUUGGCGGAUCUGGCGAUCCCGGAACUGGGUUAUCUUUGAAGGCAAACAGUUUGGGAUUCCGGCUUUAAUGCGCCAAUUUCACCAGCAAUAUGAGGAAUGGGUGGGUCUGCCGGUUGACCAGCAGCCAAGGAUGUCUUGCCAGGUGGUUCAGCCUGGGACCCAUGUGGAUGACUCUCGUUUGGUUUGCAUGUGGGACGGGGCGACUAGGAGGGGAUCACAUUCGGCUGGUGGGAUGGUUCUUUGUGAUCCGGGAAGGUCGAUCCUUCGGGUUAAAGGUGUGCAUUUUGCACAAAUUGAUGAGCCGCUGGUGGUGGAAUUGCUUGUGCUUCGUGAGGCUAUAGUUUGGUGUUUAGAGUAUGGUUUGUCCGAGGUUCGAUUCGAGGGUGAUGCGGAGGUCAUUAUUGACAAGAUUAAUCAAGCUGAUUCGCGUGACAGUCACUUAGGGGCAAUCCUGAAAGAGAUUUGUCAGUAUUUUGAUGCUCAUCCGGGAUUUAGUGUGCGGUUUGUAGGUCGGGGGAACAAUAGGGUAGCUCAUUCGGUAGCUAGAAAAGCCCUCUCUUUGUACCCGAAUACGUAUCGUUUGUUUGAUUUCAGAGCCUGACUGCUAUCCAAGAAGUAACUAUCUUUUGAUUGGAUUAAUAUAUGAUAUCACUUGAAAAAAAAAAAAAGAGUUUACUGCAUGAUUACAUAGAUAUGGGAGGGUAACAACUUUUAGUCGACAAGACAAAACUUUCAGACCAUUCCAAUAGCUUGCCACUGUACAAAUGAUUAAAAGAAAUUUGCAAAACUAACAAAUAUUGAUAGAGCACUGGAAUUUUAUGUAACGAUUAAACCAUUCCACGAUAAUAUUAUUUAGCUAAAAGUAUGUUACAAAGUUCAAACUUAGCUAAUAGUGAGAGGAUUACCCACAAAAAACUAAAAAGAAGAAAAAAAGAGUAACAAGCUGGGAGGUAAGAAUUUUUUUGGGGGGAAUAAAUGACAAUCCAAGAAUGGUUCCAUAAACAUGAGUUUGGUGAAGCAAACCCAUGGCAAAAAAGGAGAGAUUAUUGGAAUUGUAAUAAUUCCAAGAAAAACGCCACUCUCUUCAUAAUUCAUCAUUAUUUUCAUUCCCUCUUAAUUCUUUAAAAUGAAAAAAGUAAUUCACC